ACCUGAUGCUAUAGAUCAACAAUUACGAUUAUAAGAGGCCGCAAAAAUUGACGAAUAAGCGACGAAUUGAAGGGAAUUGGAGAUAAAUGUACAGGAGAAGACCCGCCACCAGACCGGGUGAGAAUAAAGUUUAAAGAUAUACAUCCAAGAUCCACCGCGUAAUUCGGACGCAAGAGCGAUUGAAUACUAACAGAGAAAUAAUUCUCAUUUUAUUGGAAUAGCUCUUUUUAGCACUGACUGAAGCUGAAAUCUGCAGAAACAAAUGGCUGACCCGGAGUUGGAAGCCAUCCGGCAAAGGAGAAUGCAGGAGCUAAUGGCUCAACGCGGCAUGGGUAGUCGUCAAAGUUCUGAACAGCAGAAAGCCCAGGAGGAAGCUAAAAGGGAUGCAGAGGAACAGAGACAAUUGAUGCUUACUCAGAUUUUGACACCUGAAGCACGGGCGAGACUUGCUCGAAUUGCACUGGUAAAACCUGACAAGGCCAGAGGAGUUGAGGAUGUAAUAUUGAGGGCUGCUCAAAUGGGUCAGAUUGCUGAGAAGGUAUCUGAGGAGAGGCUAAUAUCACUGCUUGAACAAAUCAACACUCAAACAACUAAAGAAACCAAAGUAACAAUUAAAAGGCGCCAGAGUGUUCUUGACGACGAGUAGCUUAUUGGAGUCAUCUGCCUGAAUAUGAUCUAGGGCAUUGUAUGAUUAUAUGGGAGCGUAAUUAUGGACCGUAAUGUCCUAUAAAUUUAUUGCCUCAGAAAUACCCUUCUUUGAGAUUGUAUGAAUGAGUCCCCCUAUCCCCCUAUCAUUUAUGGCUCUAUGCAUUGGCCUGAACGAAUGAGAAAGUAAGAAUGGACGGAGUUAAGCGGGCAUAAAUUUGAGCCCUUCACUGACUGGUUGAGAUUGGAUAUCGUCUUUUAAUUUCU